CGCAAGUCCUGCUGGAUUUUCAGAAGGCGUGGGGCCGCCCCACGUUUGACGGCUGGGCGGUUGGUGGGGACUGCGACAAUGCAAGCACUGUCACGUGCGACUCCCAGGGCAUGAUCACAAAGAUAAGCAUUUCCGACGAGAGACUAAAAGGCUCAAUCCCUGCCUCCAUCAGCAACCUCCAAAGCCUUGAAUACUUAGCUUUAUGGAACAGUAGCCUGACUGGCCCAAUACCAACUACUAUCGGCAACCUUCCAAAGCUGACCGACUUGGAACUAUGUUACAACAGCUUAACGGGCACCAUCCCUGCAUCCAUGGGCAAUCUCAUAAGCCUCAAUUACUUGUGGCUAAUUGGAAACAAUCUGACGGGCUCCAUACCAGCGACGUUAUCCAACCUUGGCCUUUUGACCAACUU